AUGCUGCCUUGUCGUCUUCUUGCCUCACUCGCGGCAGCUUCCUUGGUUGCAAUGACCUCCGCGGCCACGGACUUCGGCUACACCACAAACGCCGAUAAAUACGUUAUCAGCACGGGAGCGGGUUUGACCAUUUCCAUGAGGCAGUCGACGUGCGAUAUCGUGUCCAUUAACUACAACGACAAGGAGCUGCAGUACAAGUCCAUGGGUACGCACGUGAACUCGGGUUUGGGCUCGGGGACAACAUCGACUAUCGAAGCUUUGAAUGACGACAAGAAGACGAUCCACGUCAACUGCAAGAAGACUGGACUGGAGCAAUCCUACUUCUUCCGUCCCAGCGAGAACGUAGUGUACAUGGGUACAUACCACUCGAAAGACCUGGUGCUGCCGGAACUGCGCUUCCUUGCUCGCUUGGACAAGGCCGUGAUGAACCAGGGUAUCCUCGAAGCUACUGUCGAGUCUGGUAUGACUGCAAUUGAGGCCACCGAUGUCAUGCAAAACGGUGAAGGGAUCACCCGUUCGAAAUACUACUCGGCUGUACCAUUCAUUGACGAUGCUGUCCACGGUGUCAACAGCACCGCUGCUGGCGUCUACCUGGUGAUUUCCGAGCACGGAUACGAGACGUCGAGUGGCGGUCCGUUCUUCCGCGACAUCAACAACAAACUCGACGUGUCUAACGAGCUCACGUUCUACAUGAAUUCGGACCACACGCGUAUCGAAGAGUACCGCUACGGGUUCCACGGUCCGUACGCGCUUGCGCUCACAAGCGGUGCUGCUCCGUCACCUUCGUCACUUGACUUCUCCUUCUUUCAAGACCAGACUCUGACUGGCUUUGUCCCGGAUGCGAAGCGUGGCGAAGUCACCGGUACGAUCACAGAUGCGAACGGCGUUCUGGAAGACUCGGGCGUUGUUGUAACGUUCUCGAACGCCGACGCUCAGUACUGGACCAGGGUGGCUGCUGGGUCCAAGACGUUCACGUCCCCCAAGAUGAAGCCUAGCACCUACAAGGCCACCGUCUACAAGAAGCAGUUGGCUGUCAGCACAGCCUCCGUUACCGUGGCUGAGGGUGAGUCCGCGACGCAGACAAUUGACGUGACGUACGAGCUCGUCAAGAGCCCCAUCUUUCGUAUCGGUGAGUGGGAUGGCACUCCCGACGGCUUCCUGAACGCCGACAAGAUCCAGAAGAUGCACCCGAGCGACUCGCGUAUGUCUGCGUGGGGCCCGACCACGUUUGCCGCUGCCGCCAACGACAAUAUCAAAAUCACUUUCGACCUGACGGACGCGCAGGCCGCGGAGUCCAGGACGCUCAAGAUCGGAUUGACUCUCGCCAAGGCCGGUGCGCGCUCCAGAACACGUGGUAUCACCCGCGGUGUCACUCUCGGCAACUACAAGCUGUACGACUACCGACCCGGCCGAGAAAUACCUGCUGCGUCGGUUGUCUUCGACGCCCUGGAGCUCGUUUAG